AUGCCUCCCACAAUCCACCUCGUCCGCCACGCCCAAGGCUACCACAACCUCUGCCCCGAAAACGAAACCCUCCCGGACCCGGACCUCACCCCCCUCGGCCUCGAGCAAUGCGCCUCCCUCAACGCCUCCUUCCCCUACCACGCCCAGCUCCGCGCCCUCGUCGCAUCAGGCAUGCGCCGCACCCUCUACACAUGCCUCCACGCCUUUGCCCCUGAUGAUGAUGCCAACAACAGCAAGAACAGCAGCAGCAGCAAAAAGUCCCCUCUCCUCCCCGUCAUCGCCCUCGACACCCUCCAGGAAGUCUCCGACGCCCCCUCCGACACCGGCUCCAGCAUCGCAAAGCUGAAAGAGGAAUUCGGCGAUAAAGUCGACUUCAGCAGGAUGCGCGAAGGGUGGAACGACAAGAGCGAAAAGAGCUACUUUGAGCCCACGCUGGAGAAGUUAGCAACCAGGGCGAGAGAUGCGAGGAUCGCGCUGAGGGAGAUUGCGAAUGGGGUGGCGGGUGAUGACGAUGAUGCGCAUGUCGUUGCGGUCUCGCACGGCGCGUUUCUGCACUUUUUGACAGAGGAGUGGCAUGGCAUUACCAGCACAUACCCCACAAGCUGGAGGAAUUGCGAAUACCGCACCUAUCAAUUCGUCGAUCCCACGGGCCAGGACCCUGAUGCUCAGCUGCGCGAGACGGACGAGAGCUGGCGCCGGCGUCACGGCAGCCUCAAGGUUCCCACCGCAGAGGAGCAGCGUGAGCUGCGCCAACUCAUGGUGCGGGAGCUCUCGCCCUUUUUCAAAACGAGGAAUUGA